AUGGACAACUACCAGCUGAUGAAAGUGGUGGAGCUCGAGCUGCGCAAGCAGCAGAAGCGAAUACGAAGGAAGCAGAGGGAGGAGGAACGCGAACGGCGCAAGAUGCGUCGAGCCAGCCGCGACCUGGGGAACAAGCAGAUCUACCGACGUGAGCCCUCCCUGCCCACAUCAAACAGCCUCACCCCUUCAUCAUCUGCCGGCGGUCUGCCGCCUCUGAGCUUCGUAGGGCUGCGGCGACCCAGCGGGCCAGGGGGCGACAGCGAAUGGAGCGGGAGCGAGGAUGCUCAGUCCCAUUUCAUGAUCCAGCGGGACAUCAUCCCUUCGCCCACCACCAGCGAAUGCAAUUUCAUGAGCGACGACGAAUUCAGAGGCGAAUUUCGAUUCGGCGAUGAGGACUUUGCCGAGGAGGACGACGAUGGCGACGAGGAGGAGUGGGAACGAAGCGAUGAUGACGAUGAUCUGGGCACCGACGAGGAGACAGAUGAAGAGGACUACUACGAAGAGGAAGACGACGACGAGGGCACCCCUCGCCACUCUCCGCUGCAGUACAAGGCGGGUGGGGAGGGCAUACUGCUGCGCCUGUCGGCCACGAGGGAGAGCCCGACGGGACUGCUGCGCCCGGGCGACAGCCCGCGAGGCGGCGCCAUCACGAUGCAGCAGAGCGACGACGCCCACAUGGCCAAGUGGCGCAAGUGGGAGCAAAAGCAGCGCGCCCACGGCACACACGCCGCCGGAAGCAGCGAUGACCGAUCGGCCGGGAGCGAGGAGGAGGCGGAGAGCGAGCUGCGUGCGCGGGAGACGAUGAUGUCGACGCUCAAGGCCACCAUCGAGGGGAGGCGCCUCAAGGGAGCGCCCGGCAGCGAAAACCACCACCAUCAUCAUCAUCAUCACCAUCCCCAGCACCAGCACCAACAAGGGGGACACAUCGAGCGGGUCAAGAGCGGGGUCGACCACGACCGUGUCGACGCCGCGCGUGUCGUGCGGCGUACGCGGAGCGCGAGCGAGAAGAACGAGCUGGCCAACCACCUCAACAGCAACAACCAGAACAACGGCAGCAACGGCGGUUCGCUGCACGCCGCGAGCGAUGACGUGCCGCAGAUCCGGGUGAGCGGCGACUGGGGCGUCCAGUGGCUGCGACGAGAGGGGAGCAUGGACGACUAUGACGACGACGAGGAUGACAGAGUGAUGCUCGUGCCCGAGUUCGAGGAGGACGGGGUGGCCGAUGGCGGGAAGAUCUUCUUCAUCCCGUUCGAAAGCGGCAGCGGCGACGUGCCCCUGCCCGCGCUGAGCGAGAGCCAGGUGAAGCGCUUCAUCGGCCACGCCCUCAAGGCCGUCCAGCGUACCGAAGACAGCGAGCGAGCCAGCGACAGAGGAGCAGCAAAAGAAGAAGAAGAAGAAGAAGAAGUGAAAGAAGAACCGAGAGACGGAGGAGAGGUGGAGCGUAGCACGAGCACGGACGACGACGAUGACGAAAACGCCGACCCGCACGACCACGACCCACCGCCGCCGCUGCCGGCGCCGCAGCCAAAUCCCGAGACGGAGACGGGGACGGCCGACGAAUCGCAGGACGGUGAGCUGCGGCCCGGCACCAGCGUGGACGUGGAGCCGGCGAACACAAAUGGAGGAGAGGCGCAGGCGGAGCAAGCAUCGACGUCACCGGGCAGCUGCGCAGAGGCCCCCGCGGAGCACGAGCAAGAGGACGACGACGAGGAGGAGGCGAAGAGCACGAGCAGCGUUACGCCGGAACACCACCAACAACCACAACAGCCAGAAUUGCAACAACCGCGGUCCGAGGAGAGCGACGAAACGACCAACACGGAGGGCAGGAGGUCGCCACCGACGCCCGUCGACGGGCUCGCGAGUGUCACCGCUGGACCAAGCGGGCAACCACCGCAGCCGCUGCCGGAGCCGCAGCCGGUAGUGCACGUGGGGAUCGUGGCCGUGCCUCACCAUCACGUGGACCCGGCCGCCCUCCACAACCACACCACCACCACCACCAACAGCAACACUACGAAGGGGAUCGACGAGCCCUGGACCACGACCACCGAGCAGGCGGCCACCGCCACCAUCGAUGACAAGCUCGCCGGGCAUCGACAAAGUCGCCACGAGGCGCCGACGGCUACGGCGACCACGACUACCACGACCACCACGACUCAGACACGAGAGCAGAGGCGGAGGGAGAAGGGCAAGGAGAAGAUCGACGACGACGAGCUGAAGGGUGAAAGCGGUGGCGGCCACCACGACCACAGCAGCGUUUCUGCGGCGGCGGCGGCAGCUGGCGGCAACGUGCGGCGCGCGACGGUGCUGCCGCGGCCAACAGCCCCUGCUGCGAGUGCGACGACGGGAGUGGACGGCGGCGCGGCGCGGAAGGACUGGGUGUGGGAUCGGGAACACAGAGACGCGUCGCCGCGGGAAGGCAGCCACGCCCACCUCCGUGGGAGCGGUGGCUCCAGUGGGACACGAUCACCGCGCGAGGGCGCCACCAAGCGGAGUCCGCUGCUGGGGCGCGACGACCCCCAAGUCGCCGUUGCCGCCACCAGUUGCCUCUCCUGUACAUUAUCCUGA